GCGCAAGCCCAUCUAGUAGAUUUGGCCCAAUGUAGUUUGAUCCAUCUCCCCUGCCCAGCUCCCACUGCUGCUCACACGCAUCCUUGGGAAAGGAGUGGCCGCAGUUUCAAUUAAAAACUGAACCCUUCUCACUGUGAAGCUCGUACAGGUCGGGAUAUCGGUAGCUCGGCAUGAAGCGAUCCGGUCAUUUUUACCGGAAUGCUACAAGAUCAUCAAAUUUUGAUUUAACCUAAAACCCGCGAAAUCCAGGCGACCCAGUAAAGUUUUUGGUCAUCUUCAUGGAGUCGUUGAUAUAGAUUAAGUGAUGGCUUGGGAUUGCCGAUGACCGUCCUAUUAUUCAAUACCCGGCCUUGCAGGGUUCGAGCCUCCACGAUCAUCGUUUCCCAUUUUCACGCUCACACUCAAGGAGGAUUUCGCCCCUUCCCUGACAGAGAGGUUAUGCAUAAUCCCGAGGCUUGGUUUGUUAAAGUUGUCGCAUCCCUUUUUGUCCGUUCACGUUCUUUGGAUGCUUGUUUGGGGUAUUUGUGUGAAAAUUUGACUCCUUUGAUAGCAUUCGAGGUAAUUAAGAGAUUUGGUAACUCUAAAGUGGGUUUAGAGUUCUUGGAGUUCAGUAGAUUGAAUUUGAGUCUAACUCAUUCCUUUUCGACUUACAAUUUGCUUAUGAGGUCUUUAUGUCAAAUGGGCCUCCAUGAUUUGGCGAAAAUGGUGUUUGAUUAUAUGAAGAGUGAUGGGCAUUUGCCUCAUAAUACACUUGUAGGAUUUUUGGUAACUUCAUUUGCCCAAGCAGGUAAGCUUGAUCUUGCCAAGAAACUGCUUGCUGAAGUUCAGGUUGAGGGGAUUGGGAUUAGUUCGUUUGUGUAUAAUAAUUUGUUAAAUGAGUUGGUUAAACGGAAUCUGGUAAAUGAGGCAAUUUGUUUGUUUAAAGAGCAUUUGGCAUUGCAAUCUCCUCCAGAUACUUGGACCUUCAAUAUUCUUAUCCGAGGUCUCUGCAGAGAAGAAGAAGUUGAUAGGGCUUUUGAAUUUUUCAAUGAUAUGGGGAAUUUUGGUUGUUUACCCGAUGUUGUUACAUAUAACACUCUGAUAAAUGGAUUGUGUAGGGUUAAUGAGUUAGAUAGAGGAUGUGACUUAUUGAAGGAAGUUCAGUCUAGAAAUGAUUGUUCACCAGAUGUGGUGACUUAUACCUCUAUUAUAUCUGGGUUUUGCAAACUGGGUAAGAUGGGAGAAGCCUCUGUUCUUUUUGAGGAGAUGAUCAGGUCUGGGAUUAAUCCAAAUGUAGUCACUUUUAAUGUUCUUAUUGAUGGCUUUGGCAAGAUUAGCAACAUGGUUGCAGCAAAAGCCAUGCUCGAAAAGAUGGUUCCUUUUGGUUGCCUACCUGAUGUAGUUACCUUCACUUCCUUGAUUGAUGGUUAUUGUCGGACAGGACAAGUGCUCCUGGGUUUGAAGAUGUGGGAUACAAUGAAAGUAAGAAAUCUAUUUCCAAAUGUUUAUACUUAUGCAAUUCUUAUUAAUUCUCUAUGCAAGGUGAAUAGACUUCAUGAAGCCCGAGACUUUUUAAGGCAGUUGAAGUGUAGUAAGGUUGUUCCAAAACCAUUUCUAUACAACCCUGUGAUUGAUGGGUAUUGCAAGGCUGGGAAUUUGGAUGAGGCAAAUUUGAUUGUGACAGAAAUGGAAGAAAAGAGAUGCAAUCCUGAUAAAGUGACAUUUACCAUUCUUAUUAUUGGACAUUGUAUGAAAGGGAGAUUGCAUGAAGCAAUUGAUAUUUUCAAUAAGAUGUUAACAAUUGGUUGUGCUCCAGAUAGCAUUACUGUUAAUUCAUUGAUAUCUUGCCUACUGAAGGCUGGGCUGCCUAAUGAAGCCUUUCAUAUUGUGCAAAUAACACAAGAUGACCUCAAUUUGAGUUUGUCAUCUUUUAGAGCUACUAUUCCUUUGAGAAUGAAGACAGGCAUCCCAUUGGCUACUUGAAAUAACAGCUGCUGUACAGUUGGAAUAGAUUUAUUAAACCUAUUAACCGAACAAGGUGCUGCUAUUUCUUGCACCUCCAAAUUGGUUAUCCUGCUACCAGAGUUUCACUGCAAGAAGUGCUGGUUGGCUCAGGGGAUUGCUUCGUUAACCAGGUACCUGUUUGAAUUCCCACGCUGAAGAGACUGAUGGGAAUGGGGUUUCACAAGAGAUUAAACCCAAAUUGAAUGUCAUGGAAAGAGAAGUGCUAUGGCACUUUUGGGUAGUAAGUUGGGGUAACUGGGGCUUGAGGAGCUUGAUUGCUUGACAUCAAAAUUGUUACACUACUCUCUCGAGUUGUGCAAUAAAUUUUGUGUCUGUCAUGAGAUUCAUCCUUCACUCUAGGUUAUCCUAUCAAUGUUGUAUUUAGAUUUUUUUUUCUUUUUCAUAUAUGCAAAGCUCAAUAUUUGUUCUCCAUUUUCAGCUGUGUUAACAUUACUGGCACUUACCUUCUUGGAAACAAACUCGUGAAUGUGGAAUGUUGGAGCAGGUAAGCUACUGAAUUAAGAAAUUCUCAGGGUGUUCCAGCUGGAGAGCCUUGAGAAUCUGGUAUGCUUGAAUGAUACAUAGAAAUAAUAGCUUUCACUGAUGUUAUCAUUGUAGAUAGUGGUUCUUCAUUAAGACAACUGACAUACUCAAUUAUGCUUCUAAAACCUACUACUAAGCAGGUUGGUGGUUCAGGUGUCCCUGUACUGACUUCAAAAGCUUGCAUGAUCCCUUCGGAGAAGCAGGUAUCCAUAAGUUUAUAUGGAGAUACAGAGCCCGAUUCUGAGCGACAGCUAGAAGGCAGCAAGAGAACAGAACUCAGAAACUGAAAAAAAUAGAACUCA